AUGGCCAGGCUGCGGUCGGCCCGGAACAAGCCCGUUGUGCUCUCGUCCGACUCCGAGCAGAGCGACUCCCUUUCACCGCCUCCCGCUGCUCGCAAGGGGCGCGCACUAACAAGCAUCCCCUCUGCCUCGCAUACACCCAGUCAGACCACGAGGCCGACCCGGUCACGCACACGUGCUGCCUCUCCAAAUCCAUCCGAGCAAUCCACUACUAAUAACAAGUCGCCUGCAAAAUCCCCUGCCAAGCAAAGGCCCGUCUACAAGCCUAUAACGUCCUUCUUCACCACCGUCGCCCGCUCCCAGUCAUCCCAGCCCACUCCUAGCCCGGAGAAGCCAGCUGCAUCAGUCGAGGACUUUGACGACAUCUUCGAUUCCGACUAUGACGAGGACCAAGCAAAGCCAGUCAAAGUAUCCAAUGCGCUUCCUGUGCGCAAACGGCCCAUUGCCGCAACAGCGCCAACUGACCAUGGCCCAAAUGUGAUUGCACGCCAAAAGUUCCUGCGAACAGCAACCGGGGCCCGGAGCACGCCUCCUCCAUCGUCAUCUUCCCAGCCAGCACGGCGGGAUGCCGAAGAUGGCCGGCCAUGGACCGAAAAGUUUGGCCCCGUAUCCCUUGAUGAGCUUGCCGUGCACAAGAAAAAAGUAGCAGAUGUCCGCACAUGGCUGACUGAUGUCUUGAGUGGCAAAUCGCGAAAAAGACUAUUGUUGCUCAAGGGCCCCGCUGGCAGCGGAAAGACCACCACCAUGGCCCUGCUAUCCAAAGAAUUGGAUAUAGACAUGCACGAGUGGAAGAACCCCACUGGUGCCAUGUCGACCUCCGACAGUCUCAUCUCCAUCACCGCUCAGUUUGAAGACUUUGUUGCGAGAACUGGCACCUUUGGAAGUCUGACCUUUGAUACGCAAGUAUCAGCUACCCAGACGGCUUCGCCUGCCACUCAAGCCGGUAGGAAACAGCAGCUGGUCCUAGUAGAGGAGUUUCCCAAUACAUUCACACGUACUUCGUCGGCCGUCCAGUCUUUCCGCUCUUCCGUCCUCAAGUAUCUUGCUGCAAACACGCAGUCAGCCACUGCUUUCUUCUCAAGUCAAGCCGAUUCCACAUCCUCAGUGACACCAAUUGUUAUGAUCAUCUCUGAGACACUCUUAUCCACCAACACGGCAGCAGCAGACAGCUUUACCGCCCAUCGUCUCCUGGGUCCUGAGAUUUUGACUCAUCCUGGAGUGAGCGUUGUCGAGUUUAAUCCAAUUGCACCCACAUACAUGACGAAAGCGCUGGACACAAUUAUUCUCAAAGAGGCCAGGAGGUCAGGUCGAAAAAAGACCCUGAGUCCACAGGCUAUCCAGCGCCUUGCCGAGCUUGGUGAUAUCCGGAGCGCAAUCUCAUCGCUCGAGUUCUUGUGUCUACGUGGCGACGAUGCCGAGGGCUGGGGCGCCAAGGUCAAUUUCACAAAGAAGAAGACGGCCAAAGAUACCCCCAUGACCAAAACUGAGCAAGAUUCACUCGAGAUGGUGACACAGCGGGAGAGUACUCUGGGUAUUUUUCACUCGGUAGGCAAAGUUGUUUAUAAUAAGCGUAUCCCGGAAGAUCCCAAAGCACCACUGGCGCACCCACCAAAUUGGUUUCCCGAACGACGAAGACCAAAAGCUUCCGAAAUCAAUAUCGAUACUCUUAUCGAUGAGCUAGGAACCGAUACGCAGACCUUUGUUGCAGCAUUGCAUGAGAACUACGUCCUAUCUUGUGGAGGUGCAGACAGUGAAGAAACCAUGGAUUCCAUCGAAGGAUGUAUAAACGCUCUCUCUGACGCUGAUCUUCUUUCUCCAGAUCGCUUUGGUGCUGGGGGUGGCCGCAGAAGUUUCCAAGGGACAAGUGCGGACAACCUGCGCCAAGAUGAAAUGUGCUUCCAAACGAGUGUACGAGGCCUGUUGUAUAACCUGCCACAUCCCGUAAAGCGAAUGGCUCCUCCUCCAGGCAUCAUGGGACUCAAAGCAAAAGGACAGGGGUUGAGUAGUGGCAUGCCCAAAGGCAAUGCAUUCGUCAUGUACUACCCAGCAUCGCUGCGGAUAUGGAAGCAGCAGGAGGAAAUUGGUGGCCUAUUGGAUAUGUGGGUGUCGCGCGCGCAACGCGGUGAACUUUUCUCAAUCGCGUCAGGCGCACCAAAAGCAGCGGUUCCCAGUGGAGGUGUACACACAUGGAGAAGGAACGGUCCAUCGUCCCAACCAGCGGCGACGCAAGGCUCAGACCCUAGCGGCGACGACGCAUCAGCCCCGCCCCUCCUUGGAAGUGGCGGUUCAGCCCGCUACGAGAUGCUCCUCGAGCGCCUCCCUUAUCUAGUCACUAUCCUCUAUAAAUCCCGCAUGCCAUCUCCAUCAACAUCCGCCACAGUACGCGAGAUUCGCAAAAUCACUGCUUUUACCGGGGGUGCCCUAUCCGGCGGUGACGACGACGACGACGAAUUAGAAGACGAGCUUGACCCAGGCGAACAGGAGCAGUGGACUACGGAUAAACCCGCCGCAGAAACGCCCAAGAAGAAGAAAAGGGCGAGGUUCGAGACCAAAGCCCAAGAGCCCGAAUCGGCAAUAUCAGGGCUUUUGGAUAAGAGUGCGGGUUUGGUAUUGAGUGAUGAUGAUAUCGAGGAUUAA